UAGAGUUUGGCAACAAAAACUUAUUAAAUAUUUUGAAGCUAGUGAUUAUUCUGAGUUUAAAAAAUCUCUAUCUUCAUUCAAGUUUUUUAAAAAUUUUGUUGGUGAAAGUUUACAAAUUUAUAUUACUAUUUGA